AUAAGAAAUCGAUAAAUAAUACGUUUCAGUUCAGAAUAGUUCGAUAGUUUAAUAUAUGUUUCAUAUAUAGUGCAUUUAUGUGAAAAAGCCGCAUUGCGAUAUUAAAAUGAAAUGUUAAAACUAAAAAGAAAGACAUAAUCAAAUUUCUCUUUGUGUAAAGAAUGAAUAUCAUGUCCCUAAUUAAACUAUGGUCUAUUUGCAAAAUUAAUAAAUCGAAUGAAAAAUAUUUAUUUCAACAAUUCAAUUAUAAAAAAAAUGAAAAUAUGUUGUAUUUUUUAAAUAUUUUAAUAUUUUUAUCAGUGUGUUGCAAAUAAUCAAUAAAUUCUUAAUAAAUAAAAAAAUUUUAAAAAAACGUGCACAAAAAUUAAAUUGCGACAUUUCAAUGGAGCAAAUUUUUUAUUACAUUAUUUUAUAAAUAUUAUAAUACGAUCAUCAUCAAGAUGUAUUAUUUAUUCAUUUACGAACUCAAAUCGAUAAAUAUGGUUUUUAUUUUAGACAAUUUAUAAUUCAUAAUUACAAAUAUGUGAGAUAAAGUGAUAUACUCGUACAUGUCCAUUUAAAGCAUAUAGAACCAUAGUGUUUCAUAUAAUGAUAUAUUAAUGUAUUGAUAAUAACGUAUUUAUUGUUAUGCUUCUUAUUUAUCGUUUUUUGUAUAACAAAAUAGACAAGUGAUAAUAGAAUCAAAUUGUAUAUCAUUGUAUAUUUUAAAAAAGUUUAAUUUCUAACAUAAAUAAUGUACAUAUUAAUGAAUUUUUUAAAAUAUAUAUAGAAUUAUUCUCAUGAAAAGUCAAAUGUUGUUUUCUAAUUAAUAACAAUGAAUGAAAUGAAUACAAGUGUUACAAAUUCAAUAACAUCUGGCAUGUUGCUUGAUAAUGUUCAAAAUUAUACUAAUACAAUGACAAAUGCAUCAAAUGAAAUAUCUGAAACAUAUAUGAAUUCUACAGAAGAAAAUGGAAAUAUUCAAUUAUGGAAUGUUUCUAAGGCCAUAACGUCAUUGCCCAAUAGUACAGUAAUUUCCUUUGAAGCUUCAAGUACCAAUAUAUAUGUAUCUACAACAACAGAAAUUUUUGAUGAAUUUGGACCUCCAGAUGGAAUAGAAUACAUUUUUGUACCACUUGGUGUAGUGGUCUUUGUUAUUAUAUUAUCAGCUGUGGUAUGGGUAAUAAUUAUAUCAAGGAAAAGAAAAUUGGAACGUUUAAGACACAGACUUAUGCCAAUGUAUAAUUUUGAUCCUGGUGAAGAAGAAGAAGAUGAUUGGGAAACUGAAUUAUUAGAAGAAUGUUACAAUAAUCAUCAGAGACGUCAAGGAUAUCAAUCUAUGGAUACAGAAGAAAAUGCUGAACUCUUUGGAAAUCAUUGACAAAGCAUUUAUAAUAGUUUAAAAACUUUGUAUUACUUACAAUUGUCUUAGAUUAAAAAUCACAUUUAGUAGA